AGAGGCAUUCUCUUCAGAGCCUACUUCUUUCUGUGGUUUUCGUCUCCAUAGAUACACUUCCUGUGGCAAAGAAAAGAGGUAGUGAGUGCUGUUUCAGGAUGUGAGGGAUUCGGAGCAGAGCCGCCCCGCGCCUGCCGUGCUCCCCCUUUUGGCUCUGCCAGCUACCCCUCCAGGGACCCAUGGUCUCUGCCCUCAUCGUCGGGGCCCUGUGACAGGAGGGAUGCCAGGAAAAGCCAAGCACCUGGGCGUCCCCAACGGGCGCAUGGUCCUGGCUGUCUCUGAUGGAGAGCUGAGCAGUGUAGUGGGGCCAGAGGGAGCUGGGGAGGGCCGGGGAAGCACCCUCAGUGUCCACAGCCUGCCCAGUGGCCCCAGCAGUCCCUUCACCUCUGAGGAACAGCCCGUGGCCAGCUGGGCAUUAUCUUUCGAGAGGCUGCUGCAGGAUCCGCUGGGUCUUGCCUACUUCACGGAGUUCUUGAAGAAGGAGUUCAGUGCGGAAAAUCUGUCCUUCUGGAAAGCCUGUGAGCAAUUCCAGCAGAUUCCAGCCAGUGACACCCAACAGUUGACUCAGGAAGCUCGAUGCAUCUAUGAAGAGUUCCUGUCUAGUCAGGCUCUGAGCCCUGUGAAUAUUGACCGGCAGGCCUGGCUUGGGGAGGAGGUGCUGGCCACCCCCAACCCUGACAUGUUCCGGGUCCAGCAGCUGCAGAUCUUCAACCUCAUGAAGUUUGACAGCUAUGCUCGAUUUGUCAAGAGUCCCAUGUACCGGGAGUGUCUCCUGGCAGAAGCAGAAGGGAGGCCCCUGUGUGAGCCAGGCACCUCGGACCCCGGCAGCCCCAAUGCCACAUUUCGGAAGAAGCCAAAGCUGAAGCCUGGGAAGUCGCUGCCCUUGGGAGUGGAGGAGCUGGGCCAGCAGCCAAAUACUGAGGCUUUUGGGGGCCGGGGGCCCAGGAAGUCCUUCCGAAGGGAGUUAGGCAUCACCAAUGGGAACCCGGCCCUUCGCCGAGAGUCCCAAGGCUCCCUCAACUCUUCCGCCAGCCUUGACCUUGGUUUCCUGGCAUUUGUCAGUAGCAAAUCUGAGACUCAGAGUCACCGGAAGAGCCUGGGGGGCACUGAGGGUGAAGGUGAGAGUCGGGUUGGACGUUACUGCUGCGUAUAUCUGCCAGAUGGCACGGCAUCCUUGGCUCUCGUCCGCCCUGGCUUAACCAUCCGCUCUAUGCUGGCCAGCAUCUGUGAGAAGCGAGGCCUGUCCCUGCCUGACAUCAAGGUUUACCUGGUGGGCAACGAACAGAAGGCCUUGGUCCUGGACCAGGACUGCACAGUGCUGGCUGACCAGGAGGUGAAGCUGGAGAACAGAAUCAACUUUGAGUUGGAGAUCACAGCUCUGAGCAAAGUGGUCAGGAUCACAAGCAAAUCUUCCAAGCGCCUGAAGGAAGCCCUGCUCCCCAUCCUGGGAAAGCAUGGCCUGAGCCUGCAGCAGAUAUCAGUACAUCUGUCAGGUGAGAAGCGGACUCUAGAUCUGGAGAAGCUUGUGAGCUCUGUAUCCGCCCAGAGACUCGUCUUGGACACUCUUCCAGGCGUGAAGAUCACAAGAACUGAGUCCACCUCUCCUAGUCAGAGUCAGGGCGGCCCCCUCCAGACUGAGGGAAAGACAUCACAGCCUCCCUCCUUGCUCACCAACUCGCUGGCCGAGGGGCCCAGGAGCGCUGGGAAGCGUCACACGUGUGACAUUGAAGGUUUGGUGGAGCUGCUUAAUAGGGUCCAGAGCAGCAGAGCUGACGACCAACGGGGGCUGCUUCGCAAAGAGGACCUGGUACUCCCGGAAUUCCUGCAGCUGCCAGCCCGAGAGCCGAGCCUGCCUGAGAAACAACCCCAUGGGGUGGCUCCACAGACCCACCCACCACAGACUGAGCCUCCUGCCCCUGCCCACGGGGACCCAGAAGACUCCUCGGCCUCCCCUGCCCUCUGACUCCCCGCCGGCCUCCCCUCCCCUUCCCCAGGCAGGGCCUGGGCUGCUUCUUUCCACCUGCUACUGCAUGGGGCCAGGCCCAGGACUGUGCCCCUGGCUGGCUGUGCAUGCCAUCGUGGGCACGCUCUCUGGGGCACAGCAUGAGCUCCCGCAUCUGUGUGCGCAUGCAUCCCAUGUGUAUGUAAUGCCCCAUCUUCACCAGCCUCCAGGAGACAAUAUAGGACAAACAAGAACCAGGGAGGCCACCAAAGUCCCCCUGCUUCAUCCCCCAUUUGCACAUCCACCUUCCCUCCCAGGUCAUCCUUCUGGCUUAGGACAGGCACUUGCUGAUAUCUGGAAUGAUAAUACCCAUCGAGUUAUUUGUGUGGGAGGGAGGGUCCCUGGGGAGGUGCAGAAAGUUCUGCAACCUCCACUCUGCCCCCUCUGCCCCCACCACCUCUCUCCUUCCCAGCAGGCUGGCCUGGAGGAGUGGGUCGCCAGCACAGACUUGCCCCUCAACCCAGAGGGCUUUGAGGGGCUGGGGUGGAAGACCACCACCCUACUUAUAUAUACUGUAAAUAUGUAGUUUGUAGAUGCUUCAGGCAGGUAGGUGUGAACCUAGAUGUAAAAUAUUGCUAUUAUAAUAAUUAUUAUUCUUCUGUCA